GCACAACCUACCUUCGAUGGCACAUUCCUUCCUUACGUCGAAUGGAGUUCUUAUUCCAGCAAUCGGUCUAGGUACCUUCCGUAUAAAAGGAGAAAAGGCAGAAAAGGUCGUAAAGUAUGCGAUCGAGCAAUGUCAGUACAAACUGAUCGACACUGCAGGAAUCUAUCGGAACGAAGUUGCAAUUGGCAAUGCGCUUACGGAGCUGUCAUGCAGAGAGGACAUAUUUUUAACCAGCAAAUUGUCGCCUCAUUUCCAAGGUUAUGAAGAAGCACUGAAGGCUUACCAAAAAUCCCUUGACGACCUUCAGGUGACAUAUUUGGAUUUAUACCUUAUACAUUGGCCAGGCAAAUCUGGCCAAAAAGUGGAAAAUCCCAACAACAAAAUUGCGAGAGAUGGAUCUUGGAAAGCACUGGUAGAGCUGUAUCAAAAUGGAAAAGUUCGUGCUAUUGGAGUCAGCAACUAUACCGUUCGCCACCUUGAAGAACUAGAGAGUAGCGGCAUGAUAAUGCCACAUGUCGUGCAAAACGAAUAUCAUCCCCUUCUGGCUAAAGAUCCCGUUGUCCGAUGGUGCCAGAGCAGAGGAAUUGUCUUUCAAUCAUACUCAACACUUGGUGAAGGGCAUCUGAUUACCAACGCAGAACAAUAUCCUGUGUUAACAGCAUUAGCUCAGAAAUACCGCACCACUAUUUCUCAACUUGUGUUGCGGUGGUCAAUACAGCAUGGCGUACCAGUUGUUCCUAAAAGCACAAACGAGGAUCAUAUAAGACAAAAUCUUGAGUUGUAUAACUUUCAAAUUAGCGACGAUGAUAUGUCGACCAUAGAUGAUCUCCAUUCCGGUCACAAAUUCUGUUGGGACUCCAAAGAUGUAUAUUGAAAUUGGUAAAGAGCUUUAUGCUCGAUUUAUAGAAUAAAAUAGAUUAUGUAGAAAUUAUCAUUAAUACAGGUGUAAGCCGAUCUUUUAAGUAUCAUGGAAGCGA